CCCCCCCCGUCCGCGGCUGGGCGGUUGCCUGGCAACGCGGCGAUGGCGGAGCUGGCGCUGAGCGAGGCCUGGGUCCGCCGCCAGCCCGCCCUCCGGGGGCUCCCGCCAGAACAGGUGGAAUCCCUUUCUCUGCAGGGAACCUACGCAGGCAAAAUUGUCUCCCUUGGAGAUGGCCUGAAGUCCUUUAAGAACCUCCGGUCUUUAGACUUGUCAAAGAACCUGCUGCUUAGCUUAGCGCUGUACCACACUGCUGGCCCUGCUCCGCCUGUGAUUGACUACAGUCCUGAGAUCUUUUUCACCUGUUCUCCUGCCAAGCAAGGGGUCUCCCAUCCUCUACCUGGGCUUGAGCAGCUGCACGCCUUGGAACACCUGAAUUUGUAUUAUAAUCGCAUUUCCUCCUUGCUGGAAGUGGCCCGCCUCCAAGCACUGCCUCGCCUCAGAGAGCUGGACUUGCGCCUCAACCCCAUCACCAGGAAGGAGUCGGACUACAGGCUCUUCACCAUGUGCAGGCUGCGAACUCUGGGCAAGCUCGAUGACAGAACGAUUAGGGAUAGUGAGAGGAAAGCUGCCCUCCUGCAUUUUAGCCUCAAGCAGAGCAAAGGGGCCUCGUGGGAGAAAGAGAAGUCAAGCGAAAGUGCCAUGGGGAAUCCAAUGUUAGACCAAGAGGGCUUUGCAAUGCCCAGUCUGGACAUGGAAGGCAGCAGAACACAGGCUGACUUGUCCGGCCUCGGUCGUGUGCCCUACCGUGACGGGAGAGACGCCAUCCGGACCAGCAAGUCUGCUUUUGGGCUGCAGACCAGCAAGGCGACCAGAGGCAGCAGGGAGCUGGGCCUCCAGACGCAGCAGGCCCCACUAGACGAUUCCAAGGCAAGACUGUUUCUGAGCCACAACCCCCUGGACAAUGAGCCCCUUUCCUCAGCCUCGCAGGCACAGCCUUCCCUGCGUUCCCAAGUAAGGAGCAGAGCCAGCCCUGGGAAGGGAAGGUGCCGUGUGUCCUUUUCUGAAGGCCCCUCUUUAGACUUCUCUGCAGGAGAAAGAGAAACCGGGCGGAAGCUGGACCUCCUCGACCUGGGCCGGGACGUUUCUCCAGCCAGGAGACUGCAUCUGAAUGACUCAGGGAAGAGCAGCAGGCCCUAUGAGUUUGCCCACAGAGACCUCAGGACGGAGAGCUGUGAAAAUCUCUACCUCCCCUACUCCACUCAUUACCGAGAGCUGCUGAAGAGGCUUCAUCAGGAGAGGAAAGCAGCCGACGAAGUCUGUAGCUAUACCUCGAGGCUUGCUAAUGACGCCCUGGCCUCGACUCAGUCCUCCUGUGGAGAUUUCCUGGGGCAGCCCUUGGAGGCGGAGGCGGACUACGCCGAGGCUCUGAAGCUCCGUUCAGAUGCAAAGCUCGGCAGUCCCUUUCUUCCAUUCACUCAUCCGGCUUCUGCAAACUUGGGAGAUUUCCCGCCAAAGCAUCAGCCGCCCACCAAGGUGCUCCUGGAGAAUGUGCAGCCGGUUUCCACGCUGACGUCUGCCUCUUGGAAAGAACGAGACCCCCCCUCUUGCCGGUCGCUCAGCCCUUCAAGACUGGACUUCAACCAUCCUCUUGGGGCCCCUAAGCAUUGCUUUAGAGAGCCAAGUGCAGAGCAGCGCGCCAGAGAACAGAGCAGCCUCCAGAGCCGCACACACAGUCCCAGCGGCCCCGAGAGAGGCUCCCCCGUCAUCGUUGUCCUGCGCCAGCUGCUGGAGCUCGUGGACCGCUACUGGGAGGGCUCGGGCUCCCUGCUCCUCAACAAGGACUUCCUUGCUCCAGCCCGAGACCUGCUCGCACACUUGAUGGCUCCUGGCCCCAAGGCAGCCGAAACCCCGUGCAAGAGUCACCGGGACCCCCCCCAGUGUCCUCAGCACUUGAACGGGAUCGCCAGCCCUGGGAAGCUGGAGGGAGGCCAGGCGCCAUCCUUCAAGGACCAGGGCGUGGAAGCGGCAGCCACUUCUAAGCAGGGGCCCCACGGAGUCUAUGCCCUGUCUUACGACGAGUUGCUGCAGAGAAACGAGCAGCUGAACACCCAGAUGGAGCUCCUAAGCUCGGAACUAAAGCAGCUGAAGAAGCAGCAGGAGACCCUCAGUUUGCUGCGGGAGAGCCAGAGGUCGCUGGUUUCCACCAACAACUUCCUCCUGCAGCAGCUGAACAAGGACCUCGGCCCCCCAGGCACGAGCAGCAGCCCGCCUUCCUGCCCGAGGAGCUCCCACCACCCCGCUCCCUCCUCGGCCCUUGGCUGGAGCCCGCUGUGCCCCUCGGAGCAGCUCCGCAGCUGCCCCCUCUGACAGGACCCCCCCCCGCGUGCUCCCCUUCCCAUAAGUACAGUCUGCCAUGCCAAAGCA